AGCCGCAAACAAAUUAGCAAAACUGGAGUUGGAGCAGUGUUCACGUAAACUAUCAAACGCCAACCUAUCGAUUGCAGACGAAGAAUUUAUAUACAACGUCAACUGUGACAUUGAACACUUUAUAAAGCAAAGGCACAACAACGGUGUUUUACUAUUUCCACCAGUUAACAAUUUCCGUCGAUUCCUAAUACAUCAGGCAUGUGAGAAUUUUCGGCAAAAAUAUGACAUAUUUACAUUUUCUGUGGGACAGGGUCCUUUCCGCCGAACAGUAGUCUGUUUCAAAAAUCAACUAAUAGAUCCUCAGAAAUUUACGGAUAAUGCAGCGAUAAAUUCUAUCGAAACACGCCACAAGCACAACAGUAACCCAAUAAAAAGUUGGCGAUCGGACAAACGACAAAGUGAACCUCUCAAUAUCUCCACCAACAAUAAUAAUUCAUCAAACAAUAUUAAGCGAGAGAAAAAAAUGGGAGUCGAAAGGAAUUUAAUUGAUGUUAAAUUAAAUAAAUCUAACAGCCUAGACUUGUAUCGACCACCGGCAUUGCGAAACAAUGUCAGCGAGUCCUCGUCUAGGAUGUUAGCAUGUAAUGCAACCGAGACAUUUCAUGACAUUCAUUCCUCUUCUGUGACGUCGGAAUCGCUUGCUACCUCGAUAUCGUGCAAUAACUCACCAAUACAUAGGAAAACGAAUACAAACGGCAUUGUGGAUAUUGCGACCUCGACACAACAAAAUGGCUUCGACUCAAAUCCACAAAAACACCACCAACAACAACAAUCACAAGAGGCAGCCGACGAAACAUGUAAACCACCGCAAAGACAACAACAGCAAUCCAGACGUGAACGACGUCCAGAUAGAGCUGUUUAUAUUCCAAGGGCACGACGUAGUCAAACAACUCCACCAACCACAACACCAACUCAGCAAGCACCACCACCACCAGUAGUACCAGUAGUAAUGCCAUCUAUAUCGGCACAAGUCCCAAGAGAAGCGAAUGGGAAUACGGCUGCGGCAACAACAAUAACCACUGCAAACCAUACAAGCAAAAGUCUAAACCAAAACCAACAAUUGGCAAUUACUUUAGCCGACACAACAGCUGCUUCAGUCACCGAUAAGCCAUCGUCUAAAACGGACGAAGUUGGCAAAACAGCGGGCCUUAAUAGCGCAGCAACAAAGAAAAGAGAAAAACCAAGUAAAGAAACGCGAGAACGUCGAGAACAUCGCGCUUCGAAGAAAUUAUUAUCUGCUCAGCCGCAAAUAAUACAACCAAAUAAUGAUUCUAAAAAUAGUGUGAAGUCGAAUGAGAAUGUGAAAAAUAUAAACAGCAAAACAAGUGAUGACGAAUUACCCUCACAGACAGUCGUAGUAAUUGCCCAAAGAGAAAAAACACCUCCACCACCAGCACAAUCGUCUAUCGCAGAUGUAAAUUCUAUUAACAGUUCUAGUGAACAAACGAAUAGUUCCGUUGGCAAGCUGUCGGACUGUGAUACAGAAGAACAAGAAGACGAUUUGAUAAUAAAUAAAUCGGACGGUAUUGAAUCGAAUCGGGAAUCGCUAGUACUAAAAAAAUGUUUGAAUUACAACCAAAACGAUAAUUUUGUUAUAAACGAGUUUGUUGAGACUCAAUUACUGUCUGUACCUACUGACACUGUUAGUAAAAAUUUCGCAAACAUAUCCAACUCUCUCACAAACAUUACCAACGAUAUUACCACAAUGCCCAAACCAAACAAGCAUAAAAACAACAGUAACAAGACAUCCAAUGCUGUGGAUAAUGCCAAGAUGCCUAAUUUACGUAUUGAAGAUGUUGCAGCAACAAAAACACCCAAAUGUGAUAUUGAAGAACAGGAAUUGCAACGUGCAUCAAAGGAAAUCAAUCGUAGCAACCGUCGUAUUAUGAAACAAACAUUUGUCUCGGACGUUCUACAAAUUCCCGAUCAUAUUGCCGAAGAUGAUGACGAAUUGAAAACAAAAACUAUAUCGACAGCAGCCAAGAAAACUGUAACAACGCCAAAGAAGCAGUUAGCUGAGAGUAAUUCCGAAGAAGACGAUGAAGAAGAUGACUGGGAAAAAAUGUACGAUGAAAAUGGCGAAUGCCUAGAUCCAAAAAUCAUGCAAGAACUGACGGCAUCGGUGGGCAAGUGUAAAAUUGAAUUGCCAAAAAUGGAUUACAGCGCCUUUUUAACCAAACAAUCUAUAUUGAAUGACGAGGAAUUCCCACACGUUUUGGAGGUGUCCAAUUUUCCAGUGGAAUUUAAAAAUCAGGACUUGUUGAUGAUUUUCUCUCAAUACAAGGAAUCUGGGUUUGACAUCAAGUGGGUCGAUGACACACAUGCCUUGGCUGUGUUUAGUAGUUCUCGCAUUGCUGCCGAAGUCCUUACCAUGGGACACCCUUUUGUGGUGUUAAAGCCAUUGGCUGAGGCAACACUUGAAUCUCGUGUAAAGGCUAAGAAAUGUGCCGCAUCAUUACAGCCAUAUCGCCCCCGCCCCGAAACAUGUGCAGCACUAGCCCGACGUUUAGUAACCGGGGCCUUAGGAGUAAGACUUAAAACUGCCGCUGCUGAGAGAGAAAAUGAAAAACGCGUUUUGCGCGAAGCCAAAGAACGUAAAUUACUUGCUGCCAAACAACGAGAUGAAGCUUGGGAAAGCUGAAAACAUUCUUCAACUAUAAAAUAGUGCAAUGGAAAAUAGUGGUAGCUCAUGAUGAUAUUCUGCCAUCCAUUUAGUAAUAAAAGUCUUCUUGAUAAGUAGUAGAAUAAGUCUGUGCGCAUAUGUAAUAUAUAUAUAUAUAUAUAUAUAUAUAUAUAUAUAUAUUAGGUGAAUAAUUACAUACAUUCAUGUAUGAUAUUUGGCUUAAGUUUAUAUAAUUGUGUAUGUUAAAGUUAUUGUGCAAAUGAAAUGUAAAUUCGAUCAUUUGAAUUAAGUUUCAGUACAUUUUUCAUAAAUAAUCUCAUUUUGGAAGAAUUGCAUAAACCAUUGUUUAAACACACUGUGAAAAGGAAUACAAAAUUAUAACAACCAUUUAUUGUCUUCUAUUUAUUUUACAAUUUUUUUAUUUACUUACAAUUGUACAAACGAAAACUGUAUGAACAUUUUAAAUAAUAUUAUGAUCCAAAAAGUGCAUAUACAAUAAAAAUUAUAUAAAAAGAUAAAAA